AUUCACUAUACAAUACUGGCGGUACUGCUACCUAGUACGCGCUCGAAUCCCGGCAUAUCAGAACCAUCCUUCCGUGGUCAAUAUGUCGGAUCAACAACAGGGCGCCGGCUGGCUGAGCUUCGCCAACCCUCAUGACCCUGGAGCUACCGAUCCGACCUUGCUGAAGGAGAACUCGGAGAGUCGCUCAUACACUACGGCGCGCUAUACCUAUUCUGGCAUCAGGACGUUCUACAAACGACACCUCCAAGCUGACCAGCUGCCCAACCCACCACUUCCCCUGCUUGUCUGUAUCCACGGUCUGGGAGGAUCAGUCGCUCAGUUUCACCCGCUGUUGACGAGCCUGGUCCACAUUUCAUCAUGUCUGGCCAUCGACUUGCCCGGUUGUGGUCGUUCCGAGUUCACCCAGCAGGCAUGGGAUGCCUAUACCCCGGAAGCACUGUGCGAGCUGUUGGAGGUCAUCAUUGAUGAGUAUCGUCAGAAGGAGCCCGACCGCAGCGUCGUACUAAUUGGCCAUAGCAUGGGAACUACCAUGUGCGCACAGCUGGCGAGUCGCAAUGCGCCGCACAAGACGGACCUUCGUAAGUACGUCGUUGGAUUGGUCGCCAUCUGUCCCGUAGCCGGCCCGCCCACGGAAGACAAGACGACGCUGUUCAAAAGGCUGCUUUGGGUACCCGGCUGGAUCUUUGAUUUAUGGAGGGCCUACGAUCGGUGGGGAGGCCCGCAAAGUGCCAGCGUCAGUCGAUUCGUUGGCCCCGGUGCUGACCUCGAGCUCCGCAAACUCCAAGACCGCUUCAACAACCAAAGCCGGACGCCCGUCUGGCGCAGGAUGGCCUGGGGAUCACUCCCGAACUAUGAGAAAGGAAUUGCGAAAGGCGGCGUCCCUGGCAAGGACGUUUGGGCCGGCGUUGACGUGCCGGUUUACCUAGUUGGCGGAAAGGAGGAUAAGCUGACGAAGCCUGAGGAGGUGGACAAGAUCAAGGAGUAUCUCUCUGGCAAAGCGCCUCUAUCGCCCGAGACUGGGUCAGACGACGGCCAUGAAACCAUCGUCGACGCGGUGGCACCGGUCAACACAUCAAAGAACCCAACGGACCACGGGCCCGAGAGUAUAGAUGAUAUUCGAGACGAGGACUUCUGUCGAGAUCGCAAGCUCAACGAAGACGCGGACAACGCUCUCGAAGAUCCAUCGACACCGCAAGAGUCACCCGCAAACGUCCCACCUCAGCCCCGGCAUCCUACCAAGGUCGUCAGGUCUAUCAUCAUGCCUGCGCCUGCCAACCAUGCGCUUCUUUUCAUGCCUGCUACAGUCAGAAUUCUGGCUGGUCUGAUCUCCGACUUCCUUGCCAACCAUGUCACUGGGCGUCUGUCUCUCGGAUGGCAACUGCAGUAUCUCUCGCGGGAAGGCAAGUGGGAUGUGAAGAACUUGGCCAAAUGGAAGGGAGUCGUUCCGGUUUCCCACCCCAUCGGUCCAGCAGGCAGCCCACCAGUCUUCAGAGCGAUGAAGACUCUGCGAGAAGCAGAUGAAACGCACUGUCCUGCCGAGUUUGUCAAGAACUGGGGAGGAAUCAUCAAGGACGUGAUUGACAUAAGUCACGACAAGCCGGUGUACGACCCGCGGAGCAUGGAAAAGGGCGGCGUGCGAUAUCACAAGUUUGCGACAGUCUCAAAGAUUCCGCCCAAGGAUUCCGAAGUGGCUCACUUCAUUGCGCUCGUGGAUAAGUUGCGAGAGCAGCAGAAGGCCCGGGCCGAGGAGGAGAAGUGGGCAGAGGUGGACGGCCAGACGCAGGUCAUUGGAGUCCACUGCCACUACGGCUUCAACCGCACCGGAUACUUUAUUGUGUGUUAUCUAGUCGACCGAUGCGGAAUGUCAGUAAAGGACGCGAUUGAGACGUUCAAGGAGGCGAGGCCUAACGGGAUUCGCCACCAGCACUUCAGAGAUCGGCUAUAUCUGCGGUAUUCGGGACUGCAGGAGGAGGAGGCUGUGGAACAGCAGCAGAACGGUUCAUGAUCCUCCGUGGGCUGUUUGAAGAUGAGGUUUUCGUGGAUAUGGAGGAGGAGUGAAAGGGUUUCAACAGGCAGCGUCACUGAUUAAUGAUAAAUAUACUUAUUCAGCCUCACGGUUGACAGCAUAAUGAAGUUUCCCAUACCCUGAG